UCCUAGCUCCUGCGGGACAGCGGGACUCCGCAACUCGCCGCCGCGGCGCUCGCCUCUCUCGGUCUCUCCCUCGUCGUCGAACGUCGAGCCGCGCGGGCAGGUGUCGGCGCGCGGCUCCGCCUCCGCCGGUCCAGUGCCCUCAGCCAGCUUGCUCUGCGCUUCCUCUUGGUUCUCGUAUCCGGCCUCACAGUGAGGUAGUAACGUUUAGUGCUCAAGUGUUGGCAGGACCCAACAUCGCAGAUCCCCUCCAUCUGUCCUCCUGUAAUGGUGAUUUGGAGUUGCUCUUCUUGUCUCCGUGGAUCCAUUUCCAGAUCUGUGUGGAGGAGGCACUACCCACUCUUGUCUCCUAGGUCUCUGGCACUGCCUCCCAUCCAUUUCUUCUCCUCCUCCCCGCGACGAUCCACCAAGAGAUCUGCUGCAAAGGCGCCAAUGGACUCUGCCAGAGAGCCUUUCUAUGUCGUCCGUAAAGGGGGUGUCAUCGGCAUCUAUAAGACCCUCAAUGACUGCCAAGCCCAAGUUGGCAAUUCGGUAUGUGACCCUUCUGUCACUGUCUACAAAGGCUAUUCUCUGCGUAAAGAAACUGAGGAUUAUCUUGCUGCACAUGGGUUAAGAAAUGCUGUCUAUUCCAUUGAUGCUGCAGAUGCAAGAGAUGGGUUGUUUGAUGAUCUGGUUCCCUGCCCUUUUCAGCAACCUGAUGGAUCUGCACCGUAUACAUUGAAAAGGUCAGAAGAGAUGGAAUCCGGACCAUCAAAGCAUCAAGAAGUUGCUGAACAGGAACAGUUAUCUGAUUGUAAUCUUUCAUGUAUUCUUGAAUUUGAUGGUGCUUGUAAAGGAAAUCCUGGGAAAUCAGGUGCUGGAGUCAUAAUUCGGCGGUUAGAUGGAUCUGUGAUUGCUCUACUGCGUGAGGGUUUGGGUAUUACAACCAACAACGCUGCUGAAUAUCGUGCAUUGAUCCUGGGGCUAGAUUAUGCUGCCAAGAAGGGAUUCAAGCAUAUUCGUGCUCAAGGUGAUUCUAAGCUUGUCUGUAAACAGGUUCAAGAUCUCUGGCGGUGUAGGAGUGAUAAUAUGGCUGUCUUGUGCAAGAAAGCUAAGGAACUCAAGGGAACGUUUCUUACAUUUCAAAUCAACCAUGUUUUGAGGGAAUUCAACUCGGAUGCUGAUGUUCAAGCCAACUUUGCAGUCGGACUUGCUGUUGAUGAAGUUCAGGAGCUGUCCGUCUGUUGAACUCCCCCAUUGGCAGAGAAAACAAGACUUAAGAGUAGAUCGAUUUGGCGCCAAAUUGCCGCUACCAGUUGACCCGCGUGAUUACAGCUGCAACUGAUGUUGGAUAUGCACAUGUGCAGUGCAGUCGAGGAAAUCAGUCGGCCAGUCAGUCGUCUGUAAUUUUUUUUUGGAGAUCAGUGCAGAUCGAACUGUCUGGCUGCCUGGCUGGGAAGUGUUCUUCUGUGGCCUGCCAUGCCCUGGCAUAUGUGGGCACGACAUUGCCUUUUGAUCCGCCAGUGUUGGUAGCACAAAUCACAAAUGAAGAGAGGGAUUUGUGCGCUGCUAUGCUUUUUGGAGUA